AUGGUAGAAUCUUUAGCAAGAUCUGACUCACAGAUGUCUGAUGGAAUGGGAUGGGAUGAUUACGAGUACGAAAGUGUACCAGACUUGACCCUAGACCACUAAAUGUCAAGAGAUUUCGGGCCGAAAUUAACUAGAGGAUUUUCUUUCACGAUUUUAGAUAAAGUAGAAAUCGAGUCUAAACAAGAUCAAUACAUUAGUUAAAUCAGAGAGACUUUAGAAGUAAGUGACUGUAUUGCAAGAUCCUUACUGAUAAGGUUUUUAUGGGAUAAGGAGAAGUUAAUUUAGAAGUACUAUGAUUCAGAAGAUUUGGUUAAAGAGUUAUUUAACUAUGAUAGACAUUGCGGAAUGAAAAUAGAUGUAUCAUCCCAAGCCCCAUAUCUUUGCCCAGUGUGCUACAUGGACACAAAUAAUCCUAUUAGUAUGGAGUGUGGACAUGCUUUCUGUGAUGAGUGCUACAGAGAGUAUUUAUAAAGUUAGAUUUUAUUAGGUCCAGACUCUAUAAACACAACAUGCGCACAAUCAGGUUGCAAACUAAUCAUACCAGAGAAUCUGUUCUAAAAGUUGUGCACAAAAGAAGGAUAUCAGAAAUAUUACUAUUACUUUAAAAAGUCCUUUAUUGACAUUAACAAGACCACCAAGUGGUGUCCUGCUCCGAACUGCAGUUAUGCAGUGGAAUAUCCAUCAAUGAAAUCAACUGAUGUCGUUUGCAAAUGUGGAAACGAUUGGUGCUUUAAAUGUCUGAGAAAAGCGCACAGGCCAAUAGACUGUGAACUUCUGGUUAAGUGGUGCGAUAGAAUCGAUUUAGGUCAGGAUGAUACAGACAUUUGGAUCAAACUUAACACCAAAUAGUGCCCAAAAUGUAAAGCAUCAAUUCAAAAGAAUUAAGGUUGCAUGCACAUGACAUGCUCAUAGUGCAGAUAUGAGUUCUGUUGGUUAUGUUUAGGUGAUUACAGAAAUCAUACUGCUGAGACUGGCAGAGGAUUAUGCAACUCUUUUGAGGAUGUUGUCGCAGUGGGAAGAGGCAAACAAGAUGAAAUGGAGGAGAAGAUGAAGCUAGAUUUCAUGCUGAAAAAACUUGAUCAUUAUAAAACUAGAUAUACUGAGCAUUACAAAGCCAUCAGUUUUGCUCAGAAAAAGAAGUUGGAGAUUUAAAACUAAAUCAAAAAUUGCAUUGAGAUCAAUAAUAAAUAUGGUCCAAGAGAUUUCGUUUUUCUGGAAGAGAUCGCAGAACUAGUCAUCAGAGCUCGUAGAGCAUUAACAUACACCUACCCAAUGCGUUUCUACUUGGAGAGUCCAGCUAAGCAGAUCUUUUUUGACUUUAUCCAAUCAGACUUGGAAACAUCACUUGAAAAACUUAACAAAAGAAACGAGGAAGACUGGCAGUUACAUCUGGAAGUCGAUGGCUACGGAGCCAUCCAUCUUGGAGAGAGAUUCUUCAAGUAUAAAUAAGAUGUAAAUAAUCUAAGGAGUGCUGUAGAGACGCAUUUUAGUAAGGUUAUAAACUAGAUCGAGGCAGGUCUCCCUGAUAUUCAAGACGAAAUCGAUAAAGUUCUUGGUGAAGCAGACAACUUCCACAAAGCAACUCAAUGGACUUGCCCGACAUGCACAACAAUAAACCCCAUAGCCCACGAAACUUGUAACAUUUGCAGAACCAAACAGCCUAAGAUUGUGGCUAAAAGAUGA